UCCUCUCUGUCUGACGCAACAUUUCAUGCCGCAACAGGUGUAGUUGUUAUUGUCACGUGUGGAGAUAUUCAAUCUUAGCGCCAAACGAAUUUAUCGAAACAUAAAUGAUCAAUAAAUGAUGUUUGAGUUACAAUAAUACUCCAAAGCUGCACUAUUAGCCGUAUUGGUAUACUUUUAAGUCGACGUAAAUAUCCGACAUGGAUAAGGAUAUAAAUUCUGCCGGUGCUGACACAUGGAGCGUUGCACGAUACUCAAAGGAGGAGAGAAAUAAUGUUUUGGCUGCCUAUCACACUCUGAAAUUUUCAAAGAAAGACAAGGACUGCUUCGACGUAGCGGAUAUUGAACGCAGAUCUCUCGCUAUGAAGCAUAUGACAACAAAAUUAUUUGAUUCAGAGGGUACAACAGCAGUGCUGUUACGAAAGUGUCUUGAGGACUACCAUGAUCUAAUAAAAGACAAAAAUGGAGUAAACAAUUAUUGGAAACAGAUUAAAUCUCAAUUACAAGAUGUAAAAAAUGAUCCGUCGAAGUGGAAGUCUGGUUUGGAAGAUGUAGAAACCACACUAAACUUUAUAAAACCUUUGGCUUGUCAGAAACUCAAUACUCUAGCUUGCAAAGGAAGAUCUUAUAAUGAUAGGGAUAUAGAGAAAAUAAUAAAUAGUUCAAAAAAGAAGGAUAUGCUGGAAAGAAAUAGAAAAAUUUCUUCACAGUUUCAAGUUGCUUCUAGUUCAAAUGCAAAUCAGGAAUUUUCAUUGAUGUCUAAGGACAAUGAACAGAAGGUAUCUAUGUAUUUCACAAAUGUUCCCAGAAAUGAUAAUUUCAAUAAGCAAGUAAGUUAUACCAAACAGAAGAUGUCCGAAGUACAAUCAAGCAAGUCUUAUCCAAAUUUGGACAAAUUUGUGCAAAAAAUUCCUCUUAAAUCAAGCAAUCACAAUAUGAAUAGUAAAAACUCAUACAGACCAAUAAAUCUGCAUGCAUCACAAUUAAAGCCAGCUGCUCCUCCACAGACCAAUAGUGAAGAUAGCAAGAAACCUCUCGAAUCCUUCAGGUCUGCCAGGGAUGAAUUGUAUAUUCAAGAGAUGAAGAAGAACAAGUCAGCACCGAAGAAAACCUUGGGUGGCAAAGGGGCGGUCAAUGCUCAGUUUGUCUGUCCAUUUAAACGCGAUAAAGAAGAGUCGGCGCAAAGUUAUAAUAUGUCUCAAGGCAAGGCGAACGAAGAAGUGGAGGACGAGAGGCUGAGGAACAUUGAUCCAAACAUGAUUGAACUAAUAAAAAACGAGAUCAUGGAUUCGGGUAAAACGAUUACGUGGGACGACAUCGCAGGGCUCGAGUACAUAAAAAAAAUCGUGAAAGAGGUAGUAGUGUUCCCGAUGUUAAGACCGGACAUCUUCACGGGUCUUCGUCGUCCACCCAAGGGGAUUUUACUCUUCGGCCCGCCUGGAACAGGAAAAACUCUUAUCGGCAAAUGUAUAGCCUCACAGAGCAAGUCCACAUUCUUCUCUAUUUCAGCGAGCUCCCUGACUUCCAAGUGGAUUGGCGAUGGCGAAAAGAUGGUGCGCGCGCUAUUUGCGGUGGCCAGAGUUCAUCAACCAUCUGUCGUCUUCAUUGACGAGAUUGAUUCGCUGUUGACGCAACGCUCAGAAACGGAACACGAAUCCUCCAGGAGACUGAAGACGGAGUUUCUGGUCCAGCUGGAUGGCGCGGCGACGUCCGAGGACGAUCGUAUUCUAAUCGUCGGUGCGACUAAUCGACCCCAAGAGCUGGACGAAGCAGCGAGGAGACGUCUCGUCAAGAGAUUGUACGUUCCUCUUCCGGAGUUUGAGGCGCGCAAACAAAUAAUAAAUAAUUUAUUGAAGUCUGUGCAUCACAAUCUCAACGAGGAAGAUAUCUCAAGUAUUGCAGAGAAAUCCGCGGGAUAUUCUGGCGCUGAUAUGACAAAUCUCUGCAAGGAAGCGAGUAUGGAACCGAUCCGAAGUAUUCCCUUUAGUCAACUCGAAGAUAUAAGAAUGGAGGAAGUGAGACACAUAACGAAUCACGAUUUCGAACAGGCGUUGAUCAAUGUGAGACCCAGUGUAUCACAAUCGGAUCUGAACAUUUACAUCGCGUGGGAUCGUACUUAUGGAUCUGGCACCGCUCAAGGUUACAAAACCUAAUAUAAUAUAUAUUUAUAUAUAACUUAAUUUUUUAUCUUAUAUUGUACAAAUCAUUGAAAAGAAAUUCUCUCGUUUUAUUUUUGUAAAGGUUUCUAACAAAUACAUCCUUUUGUGCGAAA